AUGGCCAUCAUGACCCCAGCGCAUCCGAGCCAAGAACUCACAUGCACAAAGACUAGCAACAAGGCACCCUCAUCUGCUGUAGCUCAGGUGUUCGCCAUACCGGAGUUGCUUGAGCACAUUCUCAUCCAGCUGGGGCUCGAUGCCUACAACAAGGCGCCCGAAUUGCAAGAGCCAGCAAAGGAGCUGUUCACCUUGCAGCGCAUCAGUCGAACUUUUCAAGCUGUCGUCGCUGAAAGCCCGAGACUUCAGUCGUUGAUGUGCCUGUCCGAAGAUACAGCGUAUCCGCAGUAUCGUCAUGCAGGAUUCACAUGGCUGAUCAUGCGGGUAUACAACGUCAGCAUCGUCUACGAGGAGCAAGACGGGCCCUGGGGGAAGGUCACUUUGGCAAAAAGCAAGCCGUAUCUCGCGACAUCAUAUUGGGUUGACCAACAGUUCGACAGACGUAGGAGGUGGGAGGCCCAACGUUGGAAGCCUUCAUGGCAUCGGAUGAUUGCGGCUCCCGUCAAGGUCGAACAUCAAUGUGUUAGCUUUAGUGUCGAGGAGGCUUGCACCCUGUGGGAGCUCGUUGAUCGGUACAGAUACGUGUGGUAG